GCUGGCUGGGAGCACCGGGUCACCCAGACACCAUGAGUUGGUCCUUGCAGCUCCGGAGUUUCAUUAUAAGCUGCGUGCUUUUACUACUUUCUCCAACGGGCCUGGCACAGUACACUGCUACUAGAGAUAACUGUUGCAUCCUAGAUGAGAGAUUCGGUAGUUACUGCCCAACCACUUGUGGCAUCUCAGACUUCCUGAAUUCUUACCAAACCGACGUGGACACUGACCUCCAGACUCUGGAAAACAUCUUACAACGAGCUGAAAACAGAACCACAGAAGCCAAGGAACUGAUCAAAGCCAUCCAGGUUUACUACAACCCGGACCAACCCCCAAAGCCGGGUAUGAUAGAGGGCGCCACUCAGAAGUCUAAGAAGAUGGUAGAAGAAAUCUUGAAGUACGAAGGACUGUUACUAACCCAUGAGUCGAGUAUCCGGUAUUUACAGGACAUCUAUACUUCAAAUAAGCAGAAGAUCACGAACCUGAAACAGAAGGUGGCCCAGCUCGAAGCUCAGUGCCAGGAGCCUUGCAAGGACUCCGUGCAAAUCCAUGACACAACCGGAAAAGAUUGUCAGGAUAUCGCCAACAAGGGCGCCAAAGAAAGUGGACUUUACUUCAUUCGGCCUUUGAAAGCCACGCAGCAGUUCUUAGUGUACUGUGAAAUCGACGGAUCUGGAAAUGGCUGGACCGUAUUGCAGAAGAGGCUUGAUGGCAGUGUGGAUUUCAAGAAGAACUGGAUUCAGUAUAAAGAAGGAUUUGGACACCUGUCACCUACUGGCACCACAGAGUUUUGGCUGGGCAAUGAGAAGAUUCAUCUGAUAAGCAUGCAGUCCACCAUCCCAUACGCAUUGAGAAUACAGCUCAAAGACUGGAGUGGCAGGACCAGCACCGCGGACUAUGCCAUGUUCAGGGUGGGUCCUGAAUCCGACAAAUACCGCCUGACCUAUGCCUACUUCAUUGGCGGAGAUGCCGGGGAUGCCUUCGACGGCUACGAUUUUGGUGAUGAUCCCAGUGACAAGUUUUUCACAUCCCACAACGGCAUGCACUUCAGUACCUGGGACAAUGACAACGACAAGUUCGAUGGCAACUGUGCUGAGCAGGAUGGAUCUGGCUGGUGGAUGAACAAGUGUCAUGCUGGCCACCUCAAUGGAGUUUAUUACCAAGGUGGCACUUACUCCAAGUCAUCUACUCCUAACGGUUAUGACAAUGGCAUUAUUUGGGCCACCUGGAAAACCCGCUGGUAUUCCAUGAAGGAAACCACCAUGAAGAUAAUUCCCUUCAACAGACUCUCCAUUGGAGAUGGGCAGCAACAUCACAUGGGAGGAUCCAAACAGGUCAGCGUGGAGCAUGAAGUGGAUGUUGAAUACCCGUAAAUCCUCUGCCUGGACAUUUUAAAUUAGACACAAAGAAUUAACUAUUAACUUCUAUUAGCCUGUACCAAGUUCCAAUAGUUUCCUCAAAUUUUCUUCUAUACCUCUAUAUUCGAGUUAUUAAUUUUGGUCUCUCUUAAAAUGAUAUUUAGCCAUAAAUGGACAUUAAACCCCACAUGAACCAUGUUUCUAAGUUACUUGAAUCAAAGUUAUUAAAAUUUGUUUGUUUGAAUAGACAACAUUUUGUUUGACCUUUCCCCUAAAUAUUAAAAGUAAAACUACUGUACUUUAUUUUAUGAUCAGCUGUAAUUAUUGUUUUUGUUGUUGUUGUUUCCUGAGUAUUUUUAGUAUGCACUAAUAAAAUAGGAGAAAUUUUUAGAACUUCACCUGUAUAUUUUCCAUGUAUUUUACCUCUACAUCAUUAGUAUUUAAUUCUUCUUUUUAAAUGAAAAGUUAUAUUUUUUAAUAUACCUUUUGUUUUAUUAUGUAUUCGUAGGUUGGAGACAUGUAAAGAACAUUUCCAAGGUGAUUUGCUCUUUUAACGGACUUUAUCCAAGCAGAGAGAUAUAUUUUUCCUAUGAGACCAUGGAACCUCACUUCCUUUACAGAGUUAAUGGGAUCCAUGAUGCAAACUCCAUUAGCAGUUUUAUGCUGGCGAUAAUUUAUCUACAUGCAUUUCAAUAAACAUUUUGUUUCCUAAGA